AUGGCAGGCGUCGCUGAGAAGGCUCGAUUCUAUCUCGAGCGGUCCGUACCGCAGCUACGCGAGUGGGAAGAGAGGGAAAUCUUUUCCAAGGACGAGAUCCGCACCAUUGUCCAGAAGCGAAACCAGCACGAGCACAAGGUCCUCGCCCCCGGCAACACCCCGCACGACUGGUCCGCCUACGCGCGGUGGGAGCAGUCCCUCGAGGCGCUGCGCUCCAAGCGCUGCCAGCGCCUGCGCGUCCGCCACCUGUCCUCCUCGCACGCCGGCCAGGGCCGCGUGCUCGCCAUCUACGAGCGCGCCGUCGCGCGGCACCCCGGCCACUCCGCCCUCUGGCGCGAGUACCUCGCCUACACCGCCGGCCUCUGGGCCGCCGCCGGCCGCCGCGCCGCGCACGUCGGCGACAUGCCGGCCGCGCGCGCCUACUUCAUGCGCGGAUGCCGCUUCUGCACCGCCGAUGAUCGGCUCUGGAUCGAGUACGCGCGCUGCGAGAUGGAGUGGCUGGCGAGGAUGGAGGACAAGAAGGGCAAGGGCAAGGGCGCGACGGAGCGCCGGACGGACGACGACGAGGAGCUGCGGAUAGAUGACAGCGAUGCGGAGGAUGAGGACGAGGACGGCGUCAUCCUGCCGGAGCCGACCAGGGCGCAGGCCAAGGUCAUCGACGACGACGCCGCGCAGCGCCUCGCCGCCAAGGGCAACCCGGCGCUCGACGGCGCCAUCCCCGUCGCCAUAUUCGACGUCGCGCGCAAGCAGGCGUUCUUCGCGCCCGCUGUCGCCGAGCGCUUCUUCCUCAUGCUCGGGCCCUUCCGGUCGCGCGCGCCCGCGUCGCACGCCCGCACGGCCGAGUUCCCGCGCGGCCUGCGCGAGUCGCUGUCGCGGCUGGCGUCGCAGCUCGCGGCGACGACGGACCGCGCCGCGCUGGUGCGCAGGACCGAGGCCUGGAUCGAUGAGUGCCUGGCUGUCGAGGGGCUCGACGAGGCCAUCAGGACGGUAUUGGAGCACACGAGGAGCAGCCUUGCCGAGGAGGAGGAGGAGGAGGAGUGA